AUGACAAUGGAGGGGACCAUGGGCGGCGCCCCAUGCAGGAGAGAAGGCGACUUUGACCUUGUUUCACAAAUAGGCAGGCGUGGUACACCCCAGGCGACGCCAGGCCAGGCUAUGGGCGAUUCCCAGGGUGAGCUUGGCGUGGGCGACUCUCCUGCUGCUCCUUCUGGCGGCUCCCGGUGGGGCAUGUGCCGUGGCGAUGAUGGGCAUUGUUGGCGAGACGACGGAGAGCUGUCCCUAGGUGGCGCCAGUGGUGCUACGGGCGGCACCCCUUUGGGUGGCGCCAGGGGCUUGGGCGAUCCCCUCUCCAGCACUGGUGGCUUGGGCUAUCCUCUUGGCGACAGUAUUGAUGAGGUCUCGGCAGAUAGCGAGAGGAUCAUUGGAGGAAUCAUGGGCGAAGCCAUGACAAUGGAGGGGACCAUGGGCGGCGCCCCAUGCAGGAGAGAAGGCGACUUUGACCUUGUUUCACAAAUAGGCAGGCGUGGUACACCCCAGGCGACGCCAGGCCAGGCUAUGGGCGAUUCCCAGGGUGAGCUUGGCGUGGGCGACUCUCCUGCUGCUCCUUCUGGCGGCUCCCGGUGGGGCAUGUGCCGUGGCGAUGGUACUUUUGGAACUUUUGGCGUGACCUCAGGCAUGGGGAAAGAAACCUUGUGUAACCCUUGUAAAAUAGCAGGAGGAGCCCAAGGCGUUGGAGAACUGCAAGGAGGGGUCUCAAGAGAGACAGACUACACUUGUCAUGAGCUGGGCAGCGCACCAGGCGGCCUCCCAAGCGUGAUUCAAGCCUCCUUUCGCGAGGCCAGUGAUGGAAACAUCGCUCAAGGUGCUGAGCUUCUUGCUCUAGGCGGCGGCGGUGACUUGGAUGCCUUGGAUGAUGCUGGUGGAGGUCCAGGCCAUUUGAGCAAUUCCUGA